AUGGACCCUAGAGAAUUUCUUAUUUUUUCUCUGUGUUUUCUGUUUCUUUUAUCGAAUCUUUCUCAUUCCGCUGCCCGAGUUUAUGGGGGAAAAGAAUCGGUGAUGAAAUUGACAACGGGUACCUCUUCUGUUCCGUUGGAUCCAACACGGGUGACCCAAAUCUCUUGGCGUCCCAGGGCUUUUAUAUACAGGGGAUUUUUGACUGAUAAGGAGUGUGAUCAUCUUAUCACUCUGGCAAAGGAUAAGCUCGAAAAGUCUAUGGUAGCAGACAAUGAUUCUGGAAAGAGUAUAGAAAGUGAAGUCCGCACAAGUUCUGGCAUGUUUCUUAAGAAGGCUCAGGAUGAAAUAGUUGAGAGUAUUGAAGCAAGGAUUGCUGCUUGGACCUUCCUCCCUCCAGAGAAUGGGGAAUCUAUUCAAAUACUGCAUUAUGAGCAUGGAGAAAAGUAUGAGCCGCACUAUGAUUAUUUUCAUGAUAAGGCCAAUCAAAAACUAGGUGGUCAUCGGGUGGCUACUGUACUUAUGUACUUGUCGAAUAUUGAAAAGGGUGGAGAAACAGUUUUCCCGAAUUCAGAGGCAACUCAGCCCAAGGGCAGUGACUGGUCUGAUUGUGCUAAAAAUGGCUAUGCAGUAAAACCCCAGAAGGGUGAUGCAUUGUUGUUCUUUAGUCUUCACCCCAAUGCAACCACUGAUGCAUUAAGCUUGCACGGGAGCUGUCCUGUGAUUGAAGGCGAGAAGUGGUCAGCAACAAAGUGGAUUCACGUGAGAUCUUUCGAUAUAUCACCUAAGAAUUCUGCGAGUGGAGACUGUGUUGACUCGAAUCCAAACUGUCCCGUGUGGGCUCUCAAGGGUGAAUGCGAGAAAAAUUCUUUAUAUAUGGUCGGUUCAGAAGAUUAUAUGGGUCAUUGUAGGAAGAGCUGCAAGGUGUGCUCGUCGUAG